UAAUUAUUGUUUGUAAAAGUUUUUUGAGUUUUUUACAGGGGAAAGAGAAGCAGCAUAAGAAGUGGCAGCAGGAGCAAAGUGAAAAAGAACUUUCUCUAUCUCUAUUUAUAGGGAGCUAAAUUAGUCCAUUGCUUCCCUAACAUCACAAACAAAGUCUAUAACAAUGGCUUCUGAGAAGGUUGAGACUGUUAUAGCUGGAAACUAUGUCGAAAUGGAGAGGGAAGAAGACGAUCCCAAGUUGGGUAAGAGCAAAUUCUCACGGAUGUUUUGGCAUGGUGGCUCCGUCUAUGAUGCGUGGUUUAGUUGUGCUUCAAACCAGGUUGCACAAGUGCUCCUCACACUACCUUACUCAUUUUCACAACUGGGAAUGGUAUCUGGAAUCAUUUUUCAGCUUUUCUAUGGGUUGAUGGGAAGCUGGACUGCCUACCUUAUCAGUGUACUUUAUGUUGAGUACAGAACUAGAAAGGAAAGAGAAAAGGUUGAUUUCAGGAAUCAUGUUAUUCAGUGGUUUGAAGUUCUUGAUGGGCUGUUGGGGAAACACUGGAGGAAUCUAGGCCUCUUUUUCAACUGCACUUUUCUUCUAUUUGGAUCUGUAAUUCAACUAAUUGCAUGUGCAAGUAAUAUAUACUACAUAAACGACAAUCUUGACAAGAGAACUUGGACUUAUAUCUUUGGCGCAUGUUGUGCAACAACUGUCUUCAUCCCAUCAUUCCAUAAUUACAGAAUUUGGUCAUUCUUGGGUCUUAUCAUGACCACUUACACUGCAUGGUAUCUCACCAUUGCUUCCCUUAUCCAUGGGCAGGUAGAGGGAGUGAAGCACUCAGGUCCAACAACAAUGGUUCUCUACUUCACCGGGGCAACCAACAUUCUCUACACCUUUGGCGGACAUGCUGUUACAGUGGAGAUUAUGCACGCAAUGUGGAAGCCGCAGAAAUUCAAGCUAAUAUACUUGAUAGCAACACUCUAUGUGCUCACCCUAACUUUACCAUCAGCUUCUGCUGUUUAUUGGGCUUUUGGAGACACGCUUCUCACCCAUGCCAAUGCUCUCUCUUUGCUACCAAGGACUGGAUUUAGAGACGCUGCUGUCGUCCUUAUGCUUAUUCACCAGUUUAUUACGUUUGGAUUUGCUUGCACCCCACUGUACUUUGUGUGGGAGAAAUUCAUUGGGGUGCAUGACACAAAGAGUGUGUUCAAGAGAGCUCUAACUAGGCUUCCAGUGGUGAUCCCAAUAUGGUUCCUUGCAAUCAUUUUCCCAUUCUUUGGCCCCAUUAACUCAACUGUUGGAUCUCUUCUGGUCAGCUUCACCGUUUACAUAAUUCCAGCCCUAGCACACAUGGUGACCUUUGCUUCUGCAGCAGCUAGAGAGAAUGCAGUAGAGAGACCACCAUCAUUGGUAGGAGGUUGGGCUGGAUUAUACAGCAUGAACUCCUUUGUUGUGGUGUGGGUAUUGAUUGUAGGGUUUGGAUUUGGAGGAUGGGCAAGCAUGCUCAAUUUCGUACGCCAAGUUGAUACAUUUGGUCUAUUCACAAAGUGCUAUCAGUGUCCCCCACACAAGGCUUGAUGAGUACCAGAUCAAUCACCUACUUUUUUUUCUAAAAAAAAAAAAAAAAAUUACAUAUAUGUAAGCGUGUAAAGAGAUUGGCAUUUGAAGUUUUCUUUUUUUUCCUCUCUUUUUCUCUGUGUCCUUGUAGAAGCUGGUAUGUUGAUGAUUUUCAGAAAAGGUGUGAAGGCCAUCAUGCAUCAUGGCCACCCUUAUACGUACGGACCUACAAUUGUAACUUUGUGUGCCGAUCGAUUAAUCUUGAUCUUGUUCUAUUUUUCUAAAUGCAACUCCCUAGCUUGGUUCUUUUAUGGGAUUGA